AUGGAGGAAGAAGAAGCCAUGACGCUGAAGCUAAUAAUGGAGGGAGGCCCUCUGGCUGGUGAAACCCUAGAAUUCAAACCAGGUCGCAAGGUCCAAAUCGGCCGGACCGUCCGAGGCAACACUGUAUCGAUCAAAGACGCCGGGAUUUCUACUCAUCACUUCUCCAUCCAAUUUACUGAUCAUUCAGAUGAAGAUAACAAAACGAAGUCAAAGAAGCCUGGUAAAUGGGUCAUCACCGACCUAAAUUCCUCAAACGGCACUAUUUUGAACAGUGAAAUGAUCCCUCCCAUGGUCCCUACCGAUCUUGGUGACGGUGACAUUGUUAAGAUCGGGGAGGUCACUUCGAUCCAGGUCAAGGUUGGAGAGAUUGUAAGUGAUUAUGCUAAAAAUCAGGUGCGACGAAACCCCAGAAGGAGAGGUACAGUGAAUACUGUGGGUGGUGUUGUACGAGAUCAAAGGCGGAGAGGCGGUGCAAAAGCUAAUUUGGAUUCAAUUGAUGAAAAUAGUGAGUUGAGGUUGGAGUUUGUCGGAGAAUUGGGGAAAACUCUGGAGGAGAAUAAGAAGCGGCGAGGACUGCCAAGAAAAGCUAGAGUUUUUGAAAAUGAGGUUCAACAGAGUGAAAUUAAGGUUGAAAUUUUGGAAGAAAUGGAGAAUGUGGUUCCGAAUGAAGCGAAAAGGGGUCGGCAAGUCAAGACGAGGAGUUCAAACAAUAAGAUUAGAGUGGAUGAGGUUGAAAACAAUGGAGAUAUGGACCAGGUGGCUCCAACUGAGGCGAAAUCAGGAUGUCAAGUGAGUUCUUGUAGGAGUGGGAGUUCGAAGGUGGAAAAUUUGGGUUCUGGUCUGAUGAUUGGGGGACUUCCAGAGAAUGAAAUGCAAGAGAGUGAAAUUGGGGUUGCAAUGGAGGGAAAAGUGGACAAUGUUAUGGUUGAGGUGAAAUUGGAGAAGCGAGUGAGUACAAGGAGGACACGGAGUUCAAAGAAGCAAGAAGCUAUGAAUUUAAAUGUGGAUGGAAGUCAUUGCAGGGAAUUCACCAAUUUGGUACCGACUGAAGGUAAAAAGACAGGUAGGGGUAGGAGAGGGAAGAAGAAUUUACAGGAUGAGAAAAUAGUGAGCAUGGAAAAUGCAGUUUCGAAUGAGAAAGAGGUUGUGGAAGAGUCAAAUAAGGGGCUUGUGGAAGAGUGCAGUAUGGGGCCAGAUAAAGGCAAAGAAGCUAAACACGGUUUAUCGAAUGAGCUGUUAGGAGUUCAUGUUGAUGUUCUGGAAGAUGAAGGAGAUGGUGAGUUGAAUUUGGGUGAAGUAGGUUGUGAGAGAUUGGCGACUGCACCUAGCAUGAAGGGGAGUAGUUUGGGGGGCAAGGAGGUGCCCAAUUUGGAGACAAUGACACUUGGGGAGUGGUUUGACUAUUUAGAGGUGUACUUACCGAAACAAAUACAUGUAGAGACUGAAGAGUUGAUUUUGGGAAUGAAACAGAGAGCUGAGCAGUUCCAUGAAUUUAUUUUGCACCAGAAAAAUGGAAAGGGAAAACUACCUAUGGGCUAGACGGGGACUAUGAGGAGC